AUGUACAUUACUUGGCAUGAUUUCGUUAAUCGCACGACUGCUGGUGAUAGUGCAAAUCUACAAUUCAAUACAGUUCCGGUGGUUGGUAGUUGGUAUACGUUGGAACUGAACAACAAUAACGAACAUUGGAUCGUGGAAAGUGCCACAAUAGCUACCACUCCCCCAGACGAUUCUCGCAACUCUGUCCCAGACAACGCUGAAAUUUGUGAAAUUCGCGAUGCUGUUGGUGUAGUUUGCAGUGAAACGCCAGGCUGCGCUUUUGUAUCGGCAUCGUUUGGUGAAUGUAGCUGCAACCGAUGGAAAAGUUUGCACAUUGGUGACUGGAUUUCGUUCUCGGCCUGCUACAACGGAAGACCUGAGUUCACCGGCAGUGCACAACACAAAGUUAAAAGAUGGCGAAAAAUUGCCAGUCUGUAUCCGGCUCGUCGGUUACGUAACACUGUUGUGGUAACGGCUAGUAUUUCACCACGACAACAAAAUGUAAAAUCGCCAACCCGUCCAACCGAAUGCCCGACUACUGUUGUACUGGCAAACGACAGAAGCAACUGGGAUAAACGAACGAGGGUUAAAGAAAAAAGUACCCAGGCGGCUUGCUCAGCUAGUGGUGCUGCUAAUACUAAUGCAAAAGUGGUAAAGCUAAAUUAUAAUUGUAUUCGUUAUGCUUGCGUGCGAGUACUUUGCCGCUGAUACCUUACAAUCAUCGUAAGCGCACUCUUCGGUGUACGCUCCACCGUGUCAGGUCCAGAUCACCUCAUCCAACGACGUAAAAUAUGUUGCACCCCACUGAUGCUUGCCAAUCAUCGUUCCAUGGUCGUUUUUUUUUUUGUAAAAAAUACGUCUCAAAAUCUAUCUCUGGUGAAUAUUGUUCUGAACAAAUGGUUUAUUACUGUAUGUGUGAUACGCGGCCAGUUUGAUCGGACAAAUUUUAUCAAGCAGACAGAAAUCAGUAUUGAUUCACAGAAAUCUUUCGGUUCCGCUUUCAUCAAAUUGUGCACAACGAAUGCCCCAUCAGAAACAAAGCGGCGGCGACGCCGCUUCAUGCAACAGCGCGCAAUUUACAUCAACAGGCUUGGAGGAGAGCUCAUACAGCGGAUCAACUGA